AACCCAAACCCACCCCCUCGCAUCACUAUGGCCACCCUUGAGCUAGAAACACCAUGCCUCACGCCGGAAGAAGCCAGCCCCGUCAUCUCCUCCACCGCCUCCGGCGACGACGACGACAUAUCCCCCAUCGAACAAGUCCGGCUAACCGUAACCAACACCGACGACCCGACCCUACCCGUGUGGACCUUCCGGAUGUGGUUCCUGGGAAUCCUGUCCUGCGCCCUCCUCUCCUUCCUCAACCAAUUCUUCUCCUACCGCACGGAGCCUCUCAUCAUAACCCAGAUCACCGUCCAGGUGGCCGCCCUCCCCAUCGGCCACUUCUUGGCCGCCGUUCUACCCGCUUCCCAGUUUCGGAUCCCGGGGCUCGGAGGCCGGAGCUUCUCCGUCAACCCGGGCCCGUUUAACAUGAAGGAGCACGUCCUCAUUACCAUAUUCGCCAACGCGGGAAGCGCUUUCGGGUCCGGGUCGGCCUACGCCGUCGGCAUCGUAACCAUAAUCAAAGCAUUUUACCGCCGGAAUAUUUCAUUCCUGGCAGCCUGGAUUCUUAUUAUCACUACUCAGGUGUUGGGAUAUGGUUGGGCCGGGCUGCUGAGGAAGUACGUGGUGGAGCCGGCCCAUAUGUGGUGGCCCAGCACUCUGGUUCAGGUCUCCCUUUUCCGGGCAUUGCAUGAGAAAGAUAAGCAACGCAUGUCAAGGGCAAAGUUCUUUGUAAUUGUUCUAAUCUGUAGCUUUUCCUGGUAUUUGUUCCCUGGGUACCUGUUCCCAACACUUACAAACAUAUCAUGGGUCUGCUGGGCAUUCUCCAAGUCAGUCACUGCCCAGCAAAUUGGUUCAGGUAUGAAGGGCCUUGGAGUUGGAGCCUUAACGCUCGACUGGUCUGCUGUGGCAUCUUUCUUGUUCAGUCCCCUCAUCUGCCCUUUCUUUUCCAUUGUCAAUGUCUUUGUGGGCUAUGCUUUGAUAAUCUAUGUUGCAAUCCCCACAGCCUACUGGGGGCUAGACCUGUAUGGUGCACAAAAAUUUCCCAUAUUCUCAUCACACUUAUUCACAGCCCAAGGUCAAAACUAUAACAUAUCAGCUAUUGUGAAUGACAAGUUUGAGAUGGACUUGAUGAAGUAUAAUGAGCAAGGGCGGAUUCAUCUAAGCACAUUUUUUGCUUUAACCUAUGGGUUCGGUUUUGCCACUAUUGCAUCCACCCUCACUCACGUAGCUUUCUUCUAUGGAAGAGAAAUCUACGAGAGAUUUCGUGCUUCUUACAAAGGCAAGGAAGAUAUUCAUACCAGAUUGAUGAGGAAAUACAAGGAUAUACCUUCUUGGUGGUUUUAUAUCUUGCUUGGGGUGACACUUGCAGUCUCUCUUGUGCUCUGCAUUUUUAUGAAAGAUCAGGUUCAGAUGCCAUGGUGGGGGCUCCUCUUUGCUUGUGCCAUGGCCUUUAUUUUCACACUUCCAAUCAGCAUCAUUACUGCCACAACAAACCAGACACCAGGGCUCAACAUAAUCACAGAAUACGUCAUGGGAGUUAUAUUACCAGGAAAACCAAUAGCAAAUGUAUGCUUCAAAACCUAUGGAUAUAUGAGCAUGGCUCAGGCGGUUUCCUUCCUUAAUGAUUUUAAGCUGGGGCACUACAUGAAGAUCCCCCCAAGGUCAAUGUUCUUAGUGCAGUUCAUAGGAACAGUUAUUGCUGGAACAAUUAACCUUUCGGUGGCAUGGUGGCUGCUGAACUCUAUCGAGAACAUGUGCCAGGAUGACCUCCUUCCAGCAGAUAGUCCUUGGACAUGCCCUGGUGAUCGGGUAUUCUUCGAUGCAUCAGUUAUAUGGGGUCUGGCAGGACCCAAAAGGAUAUUUGGAGCUCUUGGAAACUAUCAGGCCAUGAAUUGGUUCUUCCUUGGUGGUGCAUUGGGGCCAGUUGUAGUUUGGCUAUUGCACAAGGCAUUCCCCAAGCAGACUUGGAUUCCCCUUAUUAACCUUCCAGUCCUUCUGGGAGCGACAAGUAUGAUGCCACCAGCAACAUCACUAAACUACAACUCCUGGAUCAUAGUUGGAACAAUAUUCAACUUUUUCAUCUUCCGUUACCAAAAGCAAUGGUGGCAGAGAUACAAUUACAUUCUGUCAGCUGCUCUAGAUGCCGGAGUGGCUUUCAUGGCAGUGCUGUUGUACUUCUCGCUGAGCAUGGAGAACAAAGGUUUGGCUUGGUGGGGUACAAAUGGUGAACACUGUGAAUUAGCAGCUUGUCCAAUAGCCAAGGGCAUAGUGGUAGACGGGUGUCCAGUGAACUAAUAGUGCUUGUAUUCCUCUUUCACACAUGCUUCACUCUAAGAAGCUGCACAGCAUAGAAUAAACAAAUAUGGUUGUGGCACAGGUAGAUGAGUAGAUCGAGGAGAUAGUUGUGUUGUAUGCUUCUUAAUAUUUAUACAGAAUUUACUUUCACAUGUAAAAUCAAUACCAUUGUCGAAUCUAAAAUGUUUAGACUAAAGAAUGACACAUAAGUCAAAUUGUAAAGUA